AUGGAAUGUAGGUUAAGCUUUUUGUUUCCCGAGGAAUUUUCCAAUCUCAAUCCUUUUUUGGAUUUUUCACUUUUUGAAAACGUAAACACAGGACAACUUUUGUGUUCUGAGAUGGGGCUGACUUUGACCCACCCGUUCCCUUCCUGCUCGCAUAUUUGUUCAGGAAUUCUUCUCAGUGCUGGGGGAGCGCAGAGGCCCUGCCGUGAGAAAACCACGUUCACCGCAUCUCUGUCCCCGUUAGCUAUUCUAGGCCUUCUUUUUAUUCUGAGCAAACUGGGCAAAAAUUUAGUACUUAUACUCACAUGGUUCAAACUCCUAGAUCCACAGCCCGAAGUACUUUUGGCAGUUGGCAAGAAGGCCACGUCUUUGCAUUCUGAGCUGGGAAAACUACUGAAGAAUCGCGUGCUUUGA